AUGACCCUGCCGUUGCUGUUCUUCCUCCUCUGCCGGCUUGCAGGCUCAUCUGACAUCACUGGCCCCAAAGCAAUAAGCAGCCGAGAGGGGGGCUCGUUGACUGUGCAGUGUCGAUACAGCCCGAGGUGGCAGAACCACGUGAAGUGGUGGUGCCGAGGAGCUGCCUGGAGCAGCUGCAAGAUCAUCGUUGAAACCACUGGAUCAGAGAAGGAGGUGAAGGAGGGCCGCGUGUCCAUCAGCGACAAUUGGAAACACCACACCAUGACCGUGACCAUGGAGGAGCUCAGGCUGAGCGAUGCAGACACUUACUGGUGUGGGAUUGAGAGAUUUGCAACUGACCUUGGGGUCCAAGUUAAAGUGUCCAUUGAGCCAGCACCAACCGCCGUGCCGGCCACCACACCUGCCACCACUCCUGCCACCUCUGCUGUCAACGCAGUGACGAUCAGCUUGGAGGAGACCAGCGGCUCCCCGGCUGUGACCAGCCCCGGCUCCAACAACGGCGGUGUCUUCCUGAAGACCAGCCUUCUCCUUCCCCUCAUCUUGGCUGUGGUGCUUCUUCUCUUGAUGGUGGCCUCACUUGUGGUUUGGAGAACGGUGAAACAACAGAAGAAAGCCGCUGGGAUAUCCCCAGAGCAGGCGCUUCGGCCCCUGGAGGGCGACAUCUGCUACGCAAACCUGAGCCUGCAGCAGGCAGAAAACCCUGGAUCCUCCCAGAAGGCUUCCACGGGGUCCUCUUCCUCCACCCAGGCCAACGCGGGGGAAGUGGCGUAUGUCACCAUGGCUCCCUUUCCCAGGGAGGACAUUGCCUAUGCAGCCCUGUCUUUGGAAACCUCAGAUCAAGAGCCAACCUAUAGCAACAUGGGGUACCUCAUCACCCACAUUCCCAGCAGGAGCCACGAGGAACCCACGGAAUACACCACCAUCGGGAAGCCUUAGCCUGUGCUCCAGGGGCCCCUCUCAGACCCACUCGAGGCCUCUGAGUACAUUCCCGCUUCGUCCGCUUUCUUCCUGCCCCCCAGUCCCCUCACGGGACCAGCCAGUUCCUGAGGCCUCUGCCUGAUGCAGUCAGCGUCAUGGCCAGCUGUGGUCC